ACUUGAAACUUUGCGGCAAAAUGGAGCUUCUCAAGCUAUCACAAUUCAAGGUCCAGCUUCAUGCCCUAAUAUCCGACUUUCACGAUCUCAAAGUAAGAGAACGCCAUGCUUCUGAGCAGCUCCAGCUUAUGGUCCAGAAUCAAAAGCUAACCGAGGAAGAAUUCAACGGGAAAUUGGCUGCAGUAAACGCGGAACUGUAUUUGUCGAAUGAGCUAAGUCAGAAGCUAGACAGAAAGCUGAGAUGGCUACAAAAUGACAAUGAUUUGCUUGAGAGCCAGCUGAAAGAGCUGAAGGGAACCAUAAACAGCAUUCUUGAAUCCAGAAACAGUUUCAUUAAGGCUUAUGAGGGUUCUACGUGUGAAAUGCGACGGGCUAUCGAGUCCAGAGAUAGAAAAAUUGAUAUCCUUUCUGAAAAGAUAAAAGCUCACUCCAUGUGGUUCGCUUCAAUUGAAAAGGAGGCUUCCUCCAUCAGGCAAAUAGUCGAUGAUGCACACAGUGUUCUGAUUGCAAGAGAGGAAGUAGUUGUUGAGUUAAGGAGUAAAGUUAAUGAGGUUUCAACACUUGAGAAGCUGUUUCUAGAAAGGAUAAAUAACCUGGAAAGAGAAUUGAGGAACAAGGAACUCGAGCUUAGGAAAAGGGACAAAACUAUUCUGAAUCUGGAGUGGCAACUUGAGGCAGCAAAUCUAAAAAGGAACUUCCAACCAAAGAUUGAGGAGCUUCAGCAAGAUCUGUCAGUGAAGGAACUAAUUAUUCAGAACUUAGUGUCACAGAACAAGGAGUUACACUUUGAAGUGGCCACUUUAGGUGUGCUCAUGAAGAAGAUACAAGAUGGUCUCUCAAGUAUGAGUGAAAGGGACAGAAAGAUUUUCUCUCCUGUGUUUGAACAUCAAGAGAAUGUUACUAUUGGAAAGGAAGAGGAAGCUUUAAGUAAUAUUCAAGGCUUGGGGGAGAAAGGUGAAGCUCAAAAUGAAAAAGCAAACUUUCAAGACAAGUCUUUGGUCACAGAGGAAACCACGACUCUGCCUGAAUUUGAUGAUGGUAAGAACUCAUUGAAGAAGAAGGUUGGGGUACUCGAUUCCUUUGCAUCUGAGUCUGUUGGCUCUUCUUCUUCUGAAUCAGCCAACCAGGAGUUGCUGAAAAUCAAUUAAACUCGCCAAGAGGUUAUAUGUGGAUUUCCACACCACAGUAGGCAGGCCUGUCAUCUAAACAUGCUGUGCUGAUAAAUAGCCUAGAUAACAGAAGCUUUGUCGGGCAUGAAGAUUUUAUAGGUGCAAGUGGGUUGAUGAUGAUGAUUAUUGUUAUUAUUAUUAUUUCUAUUAUUAUUUUUCAUUCCGUUGUUAUGAAUACAUUUCUAAGAUUAUGGAACUUACCCAAUGCACAACAUCAUAAUUUGCGUGUUGGUCACUUAAACUCAUGUACUUACGGUCUGUUUGGAUGGAGUGUUAAAAUGUGUUAAUAAUGAAAGUGUUAGUAAGUGUUGGCAG